CUCCUUCGAUAAGCAUACCCUCCGGAGAUUAACGAAUUGGCCGUUCACCUGUAAAUGUGAAAUGUCUACGUGGCAAGUUUUCUCUGACACCGGAAGUAAUUUCCGGUGGCAAUGUUCUCACGCAAAGGUCUCAAGUGAAUCUCAAAAAGCCCCAGUUGAGAAACCUAGCUCUCCUCAUCAUCUCCCUUCUAUCGCUGAUAUCUUGGUUCAAGGAUAUUCGAAACUAUAUGAGAAUCAAAGUGAUGAAAUUGAGACCCAACCAACUUUCCGAAAUGGAUUGGGGAAGCCGGUUGCUGUGAAGCAAUCUUCCUUAGCUAAAGCAUCAUCUAUUCUUGGAUAUCUAGAUGACGGAGCCACUGCAGAUACAGGAUAUUCGGAGCUAGAGGAUAAGUCAAAAAUAGUUGGCACCCCUUUCACAUUUCGGACUGGAUUAGGGAAAUCAAUUGCUAUAAAGCAGUCUUCCAUGGCAAAAGCACUAUCUAUGUUCGGAGGCCAAGACAAUGAUGCUUUUCUAGACACAGGAUGUCUGAAGGUAAGUGAGGAUGGCAAUGAUAAAGCUACAACUCCUUUGACAUAUCAGACCGGAUCAGGGAAAUUGGUUGCAACAAGGAAGUCUUCCUUGGAAAAGGUAUCAUCUAUUCUUGGAGACCAAGAUGAUGUUGCUAUUUCAGGUGGAUCGGUUGGUCGAGAUGAUGGAAACAAUUGCAUGAAUUCCAUGUUCCAAACAGGGUCAGGGAAAGCUGUAAACAUAUGUUCAAUGGGUCUCAUUAAAGCGAGAACAUUGUUAGGAUUGGAAGAAAAUUCUGAUCAUGAUGAGACUUCCAAAGGUCUUGAACAAUCAAGAGAACAUGCAAAUGUUGGUGAAUUCUUCAUGUGUCCAUCUUCUUCAAGUCUUCCGAUGACAAGUGCUGGAACUAACUUCCGGUUUCAAGAUACUAAGUCUGUUCCGGUUUCAAAAUUUAAAUUUCAGUCUGGUGUAUAUGAAGGUGAAAUCAAGGAAGUUGCUCAGCGUUCUGUUUGUUCUGCUUCUAGACCACCAUCUAUCAAGUUUUAUACAGCUGGUGGAAGAUCUGUGAAAGUUUCUGGUGAUGCCUUGAAACGAGCAAGGAGCCUUCUAGGAGAUCCCGACUUGGGGAAUUUUUUGAAGGAAGGGGAUGCAGGUUCUCCUGUAUUUUCAUCUGAUAAGAACAGUAACUUUGGGGAUAACAUGUUGAACAAAGAAAAUAAUGUGUGUCCCUUUUUUAGUGAUGGUACACAAAAAGCAAAAAAUAUGUCUAAUAACUUCGUUUCCCCGGUAAGAUCAACUUUAUCUGAUAAGAAGACAGCAAUCAGGUUAGAAAAUAUAGGUCUGAGAAGUAAUUUGAUCAAAGAAUUUGAUGCAGUGGAACAUGAUAAGACUAUCAAGCAAUGGGCCUUGGUCGACAAUAGUACCACUUUAGGUGUUUCCUCUGCAAGAAAGUCUUUGAGUGGGCCAUUAGUGGAUAUUUCAAAUACUAUUGGUUUGCGUAGCGCUGACAACAAACAAGUCACAGGAGAAAAGAGAAAAGUGUCAAGUCGAAAAUAUACAUCUCCAUUUAAGAGGCCUCGGAAUUCCAAAUUUAUUCCUCCAUUGGACAAAAAGUCAACACUAGUUCCUAAUGGUACAAUGCCCAAAACAACUGAUGGAUCAUGCCGCAAAAGAAGGGUUUCCACUCUAUACCCAUUUCAGUUCCCUCGCAAGUACAUCAAGGAGUACUUCGGAGAGCCUCCAUCCUUUGAGAACGCGCUUGAGAACUUGCCUGAAUGGUUAAGAAAGAUAAAUCCAGAGAAUGCAGACAAACACAUGUUUGAAGAUGAAUCUGGUUUAAAAUGCUUUGGAGCGGAUUCCUUCUUUCACAUGUUGGCUUCAUCAGGAUCUUCAACUCUUUCCAAAGAGUGGAUUGCGAAUCAUUACAGAUGGAUAGUCUGGAAACUUGCAUGCUACGAGAGAUGCUAUCCUGCUAAAUCAUCUGGGAAACUUUUGACUGCUUCCAAUGUGCUUGAGGAAUUGAAAUAUAGAUAUGAGAGAGAAGUUAACAAUGGUCACAGAUCAGCGCUGAAGAGAAUUCUUGAAGGAGAUGCUCUCCCUUCUUCACCUUUGGUACUCUGCAUAGCAUCUAUACAGUUAAAGCGUGAUGCAGAACUAGAUACAGAGGUUAUUUCUACGUCAAAUGCCAUUGACAGUUCUACAGUUACAAGCAUAGAACUAACGGAUGGAUGGUACUCAGUGAAAGGUCUCUUGGAUGGAUUGCUUUUAAAGCAACUUGUUGCUGGAAAAUUGUUUGUAGGACAAAAACUAAGGAUCUGUGGAGCUGGUUUAUGUGGUUGGAAUGCACCUGUUUCACCCCUUGAGGCAUCAACGAUGAUUAGCUUAUGCUUGCACAUUAAUGGGACAUAUAGAGCUCAUUGGGCUGACCGUUUGGGAUUCUGUAAAAGUGGUUGUAUUCCAUUAGCAUUUAAGUGCAUUAAAGGUUCUGGAGGGGUGGUUCCCAGCACUUUAGUUGGAGUCAUCCGUAUAUACCCUGUUCUAUACAAGGAAAGGUUAACUGAUGGGGGUUUUGUGGUGAGAUCAGAGAGGAUGGAAAGCAAAAGGAUGCAAUUGUAUGACCAGAGACGUUCAAGCAUUGUGGAGGGUGUUAUGUCCGAGUUUCAAAGGGGGCUCAAGAGCUUCCAAAUUGAUGAUGAGCAAAAUACUGGUGAUGAGGGGAAAAAGAUUUUACAGCUACUAGAAAAAGCUGCUGAACCGGAAGUUAUGAUGGCUGAGAUGAGUUCAGAACAACUGACUUCAUUUGCUACUUAUCAAGCAAAAAUUGAGGCAACUAGACAGUCAGAGAUGCAAAAAUCAAUUGAAAAGGCGUUAGAGGAAGCUGGACUAAGUAGUAGGGAAGUCAACACACUCAUGAGGGUGAGAGUGGUUGGUUUAACUAGUAAAAGCUACAUUCAGAAGAGCUUCCCACAGCAGGGCUUGAUAACACUAUGGAACCCAACUGAGAAACAGCAAUUGGAGUUGGUUGAGGGGCAAGCAUACGCUGUUACCGGUCUUACACCAAUUAACUCUGAUUCAGAUACUAUUUAUUUGCGUGCUAGAGGUUCUACAACCAAAUGGCAGCCAUUGUCUCAGUCCAUGAGCGACCAGUUUCUGCCCUUCUUUAGUCCUCGAAAACCAAUAUCAUUAUCAAAAAUGGGUGGAGUUCCCUUCUCCAGUGAAUUUGAUGUUGCUGCAUUUGUUAUCUAUGUGGGUGAGGUGCAUACAUCGGCUCAUCAGAAUAGGCAAUGGGUUUUCGUGGCAGACGGCACUAGUAUUUCUCAUCCACACGAGCUGUCAGAUGCUUUGCUUGCCAUUAGCUUCUGUUCACCAUCUGUUGACUGCGAUUCCACUGUACCAAUCAACUACAAUCUUGUAGGAUCAACGGUUGGCUUUUGUAAUCUCAUCAAGAGUGCCAAGGACCAGACAAAUCACAUAUGGUUGGCUGAAGCGACGGAAAACUCUACAUACUUUCUAAGUUAUGAUUCUACUAAUUCUCAACACUUAAAAACUGCAGCUGCUUCUGCUGAUCAAUGGGCAAAAGCUUCUAACCUGAUGAUUGAGAAGCUAAAGGGAAAAAUAUCAUCUAUCGUUGCCAGAAAGUAAAUUGCAAGAUCAAGUUUUGAUGGAUGGAUUUGGCAUUUCUAUCUU